AUGUGGCGGAGAGCCUAUUUCUUCCUGAUCCUGGUGCGGCUCUACUUCGCCCUGUCGCCAAGCUACCUGCACCCUGAUGAGAACUUCCAAGGACCCGAAGUCAUAGCAGGACGCCUAUAUUCCUACCCGGUACACCUCACCUGGGAGUUCACAUCGGAUCACCCCAUACGAAGCGCAUUUCCGCUAUGGAUCGUCUACGGCUUCCCUAUGGGCCUUCUUAGGUGGCUGUGGGAGGGAGCGGGAUGGGGUGAAGUUCCUCCAGCUGUCGUGUACUGGACAUUGCGUGGCAUGAUGUUCAUAUUCAGCUUCGUGCUUGAGGACUGGGCCAUCCAAGAGCUUGCGAGCUCCCCACGCGAACAGCAUGUUGCUGUACUUCUCGUCGCUUCAUCCUACGUAACAUGGACCCUUCAAACACACACAUUUUCCAACUCGAUCGAGACUCUCAUAGUUCUUUGGAGUCUGGUGCUGGUUGGGCGCAUACUGGCGGACAAGAAAGCCUCAGGGAUCUGGGCUCCAGCCAUCCUGGGCUUUCUAUCAGUAGGCGGCACCUUUACUCGCAUUACGUUUCCAGCAUUCCUUUUGAUUCCAGGGCUGAAACUGCUCCCACAUUUCUGGCGCAGGCCGUCUUCUUUACUCUCUUUUUCUCUGGCUGCUGCCUUUACGCUUUUUCUGGCCAUCGCUGUGGACACAGCGUUCUACUCCUCAGAGCCAUUUGCAUUCUCCGACCUUCGGAAUCGACCUACGAUUACGCCAUGGAACAACCUCAAGUACAAUUCUUCAGUGGUUAAUCUUGCCCAACACGGAGUGCAUCCAUACUAUCAGCACCUCGUCGCGAACUUGCCUCAACUUCUCGGGCCUGCUCUCCCGCUUCUCAUCUUUUCGUUUCGUAAGACCCUGCGUCUUGCUUCGGCUCUUACCGGGAUUGUAUUACUAUCAGUUUUUCCGCAUCAAGAAGCACGUUUCUUGUUGCCCGCUGUCCCACUUCUCCUCUCGUCUCUCCGAUUACCGAAGCGGUUCAGCCGCGCCUGGAUUGCGACCUGGAUCGCCUUCAAUAUAUCACUUGGGAUCCUGAUGGGCGUAUACCAUCAAGGUGGCGUUGUGCCGACGCAGAUCUUCCUGGGAAAGCAAGAGCAUGGAGCACACGCAUUUUGGUGGAAGACAUACAGUCCACCCAUCUGGCUGCUCGACGGAAAGAAUGACAGGAUGGUCACUACAGAUCUGAUGGGCAUACCAAAAGAGAAUAUGGUGGAGCAGUUGAUGCAAGUCGCACCAUGUGACAGCACAAAGGUCAGGUCCGAUAAUGGAACUGUUUACCUGGUUGCUCCGAGGUCGGCAACGUUCCUCGAUCGGUUCAAAGGCCUCGAUUCGGGUGAGAAGCUUCGACUGGAGGAGCUUCGGACUUACAAGAAUCACAUCAACUUAGAUGACCUCGACUUUGGCGACGACGGCUUUUGGCCUACAUUGCAGAGAGUGGUUGGGCGUAGAGGAUUGACGGUUUGGAAGGUGAAGAAAGUUUGCGGCACUGACGCAAUUUCGUAA